UAGUCAUGUUUUGAGAGUAUUAGCCCACGCUAACUUAAAACAUGGAUGAAAUAUGGAUCUUGGCUCACUAGAAAGAUUUGCAGAAAUGCUUUCCGAAUUAAUAGUUAGGGCUAUUGAUUUGAACAAAAUAGUGGGAGAUAUAUAUUUUGAAUAUAUAUUUAUAAUCACUUGAACAUAAUUUAAUAAACAUCUGUAGACUAAUUUAUCUUAUGCAUUUGAAAAUAUUGUAGAUAUCCAAUGGCAAAUAAUUCAAACAACUUCUCUGUACGAUCAGUCCUUGAGAAGGACAAGCUGACAGGAACCAACUUCCUUGACUGGCAAAGGAAUUUGAGGAUUGUCCUCAAACAAGAGCGCAAGCUCUAUGUCAUAGAUAUUCCUCGCCCUACACCUCUCGCUGAAGGAUCAACCCGUGCUCAGCAUACUGCUUAUCAGAAGCAUAUCGAUGAUGACACGGAUGUUCAAUGUCUCAUGUUAGCGACCAUGAGUGCUGAACUUCAGAAACAACAUGAGAAUAUGGAUUCUUAUGAUAUGAUUGAGCACCUUAAGCGUAUGUUUGAGGGACAGGCUCGUCAGGAGAGGUUUGAUACUUUCAAAUCUUUGAAUGCUUGUAAGCAGGGUGAACGUGAUCCGGUAGGACCGCAUGUUCUGAAGAUGAUAGGGUAUAUUGAUUAUCUUGAAAAAUUGGGUGCCCCGAUUGGUCCUGAGCACCAAAUUGAUCUGAUCUUGCAAUCUCUAAACAAUAACUAUUCUCAGUUUGUAAUGAAUUACAAUAUGAAUGAGAUAAACAAGAACCCCGCCGAAUUGUUGGCAAUGUUGAAAACUGCUGAAACCAACAUUCAGAAGGCGUCCCCUACUCCCAUAUUGAUGGUGAAUAAGGGGAAGGCCAAAGGAAAGGGUAAAUGGAAAGGCAAGAAGAAGAUGGGAUCUAAUUCUAAUGCCAAUCCGAAACCUGGUCCAACUAAGGCCGUGAAGCCAAAAGGUGGUGUUCAGAAGGAGGGUGAUUGUCACUAUUGCAAGAAACCAGGUCAUUGGAAGAGGAACUGUCAUGCUUAUUUGGAGGAUCUGAAGAAGAAGAAGGCUGCUGCCGCUUCUGAUUCAGAAAUCAAAGGUAAAUACAAGUAG